AGUGGGAAAAAGAAAAAAUCGAAAAAGCGAUCUGAGAAAGCUUCAUUAAAAGCCAAAAUUAAAGAUUUGUCAGCAGAACUUGCUGAAAUCGACAAAGAUUUGCAACAGCAAGAACAAAUUUUAGUAUCUCUGAAAGAAUUAAGAAAUCGAGAACUUGAAAGUAAAGAAAGUUGCGUCGCAUAUUUGCAACGAACUUUAAAGUCUAAGACCGACCAGUGUAUGUCAGUGCAAAAUGAGCUUCAAUUUGCUAAAGAUAUGAAAGAAUUGGUUGAUAUUAGAGCUGCCGAUGCAAGGCGAAAUUUGGAAAAGAAUCGUGAAAUUUCUAAUACUCUAUUUUCGCAACAAAGAUCUGAAUUAACAGGACAGUUAUCUGCUUUAGAAGAAAAGAGACUUCAAAGGAGCAACCAAUUGUCUUAUCUGAAACGCUUAGAGAAUGAUUUGGAAGAGAAGAUAGCCAUGAAUGAAAGAGAAGAAAGAGAGGAAGAAAAACUAAGAGUCAGCAAUUUAUUAGAAAAAAAGAGAACAUUCCAGAAUAUGGUUGAUAAUCUAUGCGCCGAAUCUACGGAAGUUUUUCAACUGACUUUACCGGUCUACGCUAAGAGACAACUGUACGACAAUGUCUGUCUGAGACGUCUUUGCGAUGAAGUAUCAGAAAAUAUCUUAGACGAACAAGAUCGGAACAGACAUCUGACUAAGAUAGAAAAGAUUUUAAAUGUGGAAAAAGAAACUCAGAUCUACACCGAAGAUUUGCUGAAGUCUCAGUUACAUAAGCUCAACUCUGAUUUGGAAUAUCUCGUCGAAAGCGAAGCAAAACUUCGGUUUGUGAACACAUCUGAAGACGAGGCUGAUAUUAAAGAUAAAUAUUUGGAGAUUCGGAAUAUGAUUGGAGAAUUAUGCAGAGUUGAAGAUGAACGUACAGAUCUGUUAAAGAUUUCGAAAGACCAAGAGGAGUAUAAAGUGGUGCUCGAAAAACAAUUGGAAGAAAAGAUAGAUUUAAAUGGUAGAAUGAUGUCAGCCAUUUUGAGAGCAGGUAAAAUAGUACAUUCUAGAAUAAAAGAAGUCGGAGGAAAAUCUGAGUAUGAUUUGGAAUUUCUCAGACAGAUAAGUAUGCUUCUAGAAGAUUUUCUUGACUGAAUUAAAUGGUUAAAGUAGCAAAAUGUUAAGUACGUUCAAGUAAAUUAAUGUAAAUUUCUAUAAUAAAUCUUUAAUGAAAG